GUAGAACUACCACUAAACAUUAUUAAUCUAGUCAAAGAAUUCUAGGUCGAUAAUUUUCGGUAAUAAUCAUAAAAAGACGUCAAUUUUCCAAGCUGAGACAAUACCCACAUGUAAAAGAAUUGCAAUAAUUGUAUUUCUUUAUGUUGGAAAGAUUGCAAUAAUAGUGUUUGGAGGCAUAUAUGUGACACUAUUAAUUAAUGAAAGCAGGCACCACCGCGGGAAUUACGCGUACAUCUGUUGAUGAAUUUUCCGUCUAUUUCUAGUCUCUUCUGCUCCACCUCACGAUCACCAUUUUUAUGCAACUUCGUCGCACACAAUUUCACCUCGCACAAACAGCUUCAUUGUAGCUUGCUUCUUCCCAAUAUUUGGAACUUCUCAACCUGGCCUCAAUUUUUUCAUGUGAAUCUCUACGGAAAGGAGGUUGGUGGAGGUUCCAAAUAUGCAUUGCCUUGUUUGAUUGAUCACUCUGGACAACCUUUCCUAUAUAUUUGAGUUGUGUUGGUUUUUGGAAAGGUUGGAAGCAAGAAAAGCAGGUUGUGUAGCUCUGUUUAUCCGGUUUUGGGGUUUAUGGAUUUGGAAGUUGCCAGUUGAUUAUGGCUAAUCCGAUGUGAAAUUCUGUGUAUUUUUGUGUGGGAGGGGGAGAUGUGAGUGUUCUGGUUGAGUAUACAAUUGCAGCUUUGCCCGAAUACGAAGAGAGGAGGCGACUCGCGGUAAUUUUAGGCUUUGCCGAAAUCGGUUUGAGGUUUUUGAAGUGAGGUUUUGAUCUGAGGAAUGGCUUCUCUUAAUUGCUUUUGCCCUUCUUGGAAGAAGAAGAGGAAUAAGGGAGGGAAACUACGGCGCGUUGAGCUAUCCGAUAAGGAGAAGAAUGUGAAUGCUUUGCACGUGAAGCUCGAUCAUGUCCAGACAUCUUCAGAAAUGGCCGAGUUGAGAUCAACAUCUUUUAGUGUUCCCGUUCCUUUCCGUGUCACGGGGAGUUCUAGGUGCAGUGUUAAGGUGAUGAAUCACGAGAGCCCCGUUGCACUUGAUUCCGGUGAGGUGAACUAUGAAGGGGGAGACGAGCACGAUGGGGCUUCCCGACUGGAGAGGCAUUCUGAAUUCAAUUUCCAAGCAUAUUCUGGAAAUCCAAACGAAGAAAAAGGCCGAGAUGCUCAAGGUACUAAGAGCUCCAGCUCCUUGGAUAUAAACCAUGCUGAAUUUAACUUUCAAGCGUGUGUUGAACGUCCCAACGAAGAAAAAGGGCGAGCUCUACGAGAAGUGAAUUCUUCCUGCUCUUUGAAUAUUGAUGACGAUGUUGAACACAGUAACACGGAAGCAAUGUUCGAGAUGGAUGCCAGCGGACACCUAAGUGAUCCGGGGACCGGGAAAGCUAGGUUUUGGGCUUCUCCUGAGCUCAAGCGCUCGUGCUCUAGUUUGGCAAUAAGAAGCGUCUCUCUAGAGCUGGACAAGUGUAAAUCCUACGAGGAUAUGCAGAUGUUAGCUGAAAUGCACGCGGUAGGUAAUCUUGGAGUAGAUGGGGCAAGCCCUACUGUGUCCAUCAAGACGCGUUGCAGUGCUGACAAGGUGAUGUUGAAGAAGCAUUCCUCGAGCCAGAUUCUUCCCUCCGGGAGCCGGAAAUUGUGGUGGAAAUUGUUCCUAUGGAGUCACAGAAACUUGCAUAUAACAGCUAGUACAACAAAACCGCACCUAUCUGAAGUCGAGGGGGCUGCUCCUGUCAACCAGCGCGGUGGCUACUCAUCAGAUACAGUUGAGCCUAAGCACGCCACCGGCUUGAGAUCUCCGAGUUCAUUCACACAAGAGUCGACUGAGAGGGGCAAGCACAGCGUGGAUGACACCAAGUGGGAUGGAUUUUACGGAAACUCCAGCAUGUGGCCUCAAAAUGAGUGGCUCGCCUUCCCCCCAGACUCGUCUCCUCUAUGGAGAGUCAAUGAGUGGGUGAAAGAAGCUUCCUCGCAGCCUCCUUGCCUAGUGGACAACGAUGAGCAUGAACACGAAGAUGAUAUCCACUUCCCGUCCUCUCCUGAGAACGAUGCAUCACAGCCACGAGGCUCAUCUCAUUUGUCUCGACCUCCAGCUGCAGACACGCCAGAGGAAAUCUCACACGCCAACACUGUCAUCCGGUCCUUGACUACUAACUCGAGCGUGGCUCAUAUCACAGGCCUCGGACUUGCGGCCAUUCCCUCCAUUUCACAGUUUUCCAGCCUCCGAUCAGUCAACUUGUCUGGCAAUCUUAUAGUCCAUAUAACUCCAGGAUCUCUCCCAAAGGGUCUCCAUGUUCUUAAUUUAUCGAGGAACAAGAUAAGCACGAUCGAGGGUUUGAGGGACUUGACUCGUCUCCGUGUGCUCGAUCUCAGCUACAACCGGAUCUCCAGAAUAGGUCAAGGGUUGUCGAACUGCACUCUUGUUAAAGAGCUGUAUCUUGCAGGGAACAAGAUAAGUAUGGUGGAAGGUCUGCAUCGACUCUUGAAGCUGACGGUGCUCGACUUGAGCUUCAACAAGAUAACCACAGCCAAGGCGCUAGGCCAGCUCGUAGCCAACUACAGCUCCCUCAUAGCAGUCAAUCUGCUCGGGAAUCCGAUACAGAGCAACAUGAGCGACGACCUACUGAGGAAGACCAUCUGCAGCCUGCUCCCCAAGCUCGCCCUGCUCAACAAGCAGCCCAUAAAUCCGCAGAAGGCUCGAGAGAUUCGUGCGGACACCAAUGCUUCUAAAGCUGCACUCGGGAGCAGCAGCUGGAGCAGUCGGAGGAAAGCAGCAAGGAAGGGGGCAGCAGCAACGGGGGCUUCGUCUCGGAGAAGCAGUGCUGGCGUCAGCACCAGCCAUAAGAGCAAACACAGGUCAAAAAGCAAUUAUCGCCAGCAUUCCACUUUGAAGGACAAGGCUUAAUUUAAUUUUAAAUUUGAAGCUCUUGGCCCUUUUGAUUUGUUUGCUUGGUUUUUUAAUUUCAAGCAUUCAAAUAUGACUUUUUGUGAUCUGUAUUUUGCAUUUGAGUGUAAAUUGUAGCUGCUUCUGUAUGAUUUCCUAAAUUACAGCAACAAAACACAGUUUACAUCCUUGC